CUUUGACGAGAAUAAGUUAACGUAACGUGGAAUGAUUUCCUAAAUGAGUUAAGCUUUUCAUGGCUCAAUUUAGGGACAAUUUUAUUUUGAUUUUAACGUAAAAAAAUUUAGAACUUUAAACAGUAAUAGUUACAGUAAACUAUUAGUUAGUUUACUAACGCCAAAGAUCAGGAUUGGGAUCAGAAAAAAAAAAUAAAAUUGUUAAACGCUGUUUACAUAAAUUUACAUUUUCCAGACUUGACUUUUGAUUCAAUCCAAUUAAUUAAUUGUUUAAUUUAAUUCAUUAACCAUUUCAUUCAACAACAACAACAUUAUCUUCAUCAUAAUGGCGAGUGAUAGUUCAUGGAUCCUGUCGUUACCGAAGGAUCUUCAAGUUCAAAUCUAUUCAGUAUUAUCAAAAUAUCCUGAAACCACCGAUGUUUUCACUCAAUUAUAUCUUCAUUGCUCUGGAAUUAAUCAACAAACCAAUAAUAAUAACAACAGUAAUAAUGAUCAUGAUGAUUACCAUAAGAAAAGAAAAAUAGAAACCAUUGAUCUUAACAAUGAUAACAAUGGUAAUAAUCAAUCUCAAUCUUCUUCCACUGACCCAUCAACUAUCAUUGAUGGUCAAAUUUCAAUUACAGAACCUUUAAUUCCUGAAACCAUAAUCUUUGAAAUAUCUCAAGUUUCAUUCCAAUCACCCAUUAGAAAGAAAAUGAACCUAAUCUUUCAUUUAAUUGAAAGAAAUGGUGAAGCAACUCCAGUAUUAUCCAUUGUUAAUCCUUCAAAUCAAAUUCCGGAAAUUUCCCUUAUAAAUUUAUCAACUUUCAUUAAAUUAUGUAUUAUAGUACCAAUUUUAGGUAAUUCAACUAAUCCAACUAAAAAAAAUAUUGUUUCAUUAUGUUUUUGGACUAAUGAUGAAAAUAAAGAUCCAAUAAUUUGUCAAAUUAAUCUUGAUUUAAUUAAAAAACAAAUGAUUAAAUUAGGUAAAUUACCUACUAAUAUUGAAAAUCAAUUUAUAAAUUAUAAUGAAAAUAAUAAUUUAUCAUUACAUCCAAUUCAUGAAAAUAUUAUUGAUUAUUUUAAACGUCAAUUCAAAUUAUGUGGAAUUAAUUUAAUUAAUUAUUUACCUGGAACUCAUAUUUUUAAUAAUCAAUUCACUUUAAAUAAUGAUAAUGCUCUUGCUUUAUCCAAUAAUAAUAUUUCCAAUACUUUAAUUAUGGUUGAUUGUCAUAAAGGUGCUAAAGAUGGGGUAUUAUUAUUAUUAAAUACUAAUGAAUUUAAUCAUCCUUAUAUUAUCUUUGGAUUCAAAAAACCAAUAUUAUUAUUUGAAAUUUCAAAAAUUAAAGAUUCAUCUUAUACAAAUAUAACAAGAUUAACUUUUAGUUUAUUAUUUACUAUAGUUAAUAAUAAAGGAGAAGAAAGAAUUGUGGAAUUUAGUAUGAUUGAUCAAAAUUUCUUUCAAAUCAUUGAUGAUUUUAUAAAAUCUCAAAAUAUUAAUGAUAAUUCUUUUGAUGCCAAUUUAAAAGAAAAGGAUAAUAAAGGUAAUAAUACCAAUAAUAACGAUCAAGGUCAAAUUACUGAAAUAAAUGGAGAAGAGGAAGUAGACAGUGAUGAAGAAGAUGGUGACUUUCAAGAAGGAGAAGAAGAGGAUGAUGAUGAUAGUGAUGUGGCUGAAGAAUUCGAUAGUGAUGCUGGUAAUAAUAGUGGAGAUGAUGAUGAAGAAGAAGAAGAAAGUGAGGUUGAAGAUGGAAAUUUCAAUAAAAAUAAAGAAGUUGAAGAAAUUGAUUAAUAACAUUCAGACAUUUCUACAAAUCCAAUGCUUAUAUAAAUUGGAAAAAAAGUUUAAUAUUAACAUAACUAACUGUAUAAAACUAAUCAUUAAAAAUAAAUAAAUGAAAGUAAAAUGUAAAAGUAAAAAAGAACUUGUGAAAUAAAAU